AUGUUGGUGCCUCCAGACAACUUCGGACAGGUAGAAAAAGGUGUUUACCGGUGUUCUAAGUUAGUAUCAGACAAUUUCUCAUUUCUUGAAACCCUUCAAUUGCGAUCAUUGGUUCUUGUUGAUGCGGAGAAACCAGGAAGAUCUGUAACGGAGUUUGUCGGAGAGAACAAUAUAGAGGUCUACAACCUUGGAGGACUCAAGAUUUCCAACCAUGCAUCAUCUAGAGCAAGUAAAGACUAUACCGAAGACAAGAGUGAGGACAUAAAGAAGAGCCCUGGUGACAAUACUAAUAAUAACAGCAGUAAUAGUAAUGUCACGGAUAGAACAGAAAGAUCUUCGGGCUUAGCAGCAGAUGAUUUAGUAGUGUUUGAUCUUGAAUCGUCAAAGAAGGAUAAGAAUGACGAAUGGAUGUUGAUUGAUAGAAGUUUGAUCACCAGUGCAUUUGAACUUAUACUUAAUAAGAAUAAGCAUAACAUGUUGUUAGUGGACUCAACAUCAACACUAGUUGGGAUAUUGCGGAAGAUCCAAAAAUGGAACUUCAACUCCAUAAUCAACGAAUACCGAAUAUACUCUGGUAAUUCGUCCAAACACAAUUACUUUGCCGAGAACUUUUUGGAGUUGAUUCAAGUGGAGCUAAUACCAUACGAGAUAGAGCAGGUUAAUUAUCAACUAUUACAACAGUUACGGCUGGCCAGUGGUACACCGAAGGAGGAGAAAUCCGGGUUUGUAUGUCCGGAACAGUGCUCUGAACAGGGUGCGGAUUUUUCCAAGAUGAUAAGGUCAUUCAAGUCAUAUUCUUUAGAAGGAAAUGAUCAUAACAAUAAUAGCAUUGAAGAAGUCGCAAUUGGUGAUAAUGAAAGUGAAGACGACAUUGAAGACGAAGACGACAUUGACGAUGAACUACUCUCAGCUUCACCGCAAAUCCCGGCUAAUCUUUUAAAGUUGGCAGAACAACGGAAUCAAGAGAAAAGUGGGAGUAUUUCAAAUAUUUCAGACGGAGAAAUCACUCCGGGCACUUCACCAAAUGUUGAAAAACUCAGCAGACACAAUAGUUUUAGUAGCGAGAUGUUUUUGACUAACUCAAGAGGUAUUAAUAUAAGCCAAGAUAGAAGACGAUCAUCUGUUAGUCGAAUGUCUAAUAGCAGAUUCCGAAGUUUGACCCAAUCACCGGGAUCUUACAUGUUACCCCGACGUGCGUCAUUUGAAAGCCGGUCACCUCGAUUUAAAAAGUUUCGGGAUUACAAAGAAUUGAAGAAUAUGUCUGAGUACGACAUUGAACGCAUUAAAGAGAAAUACGACUUCAAAUAUUAUAAGAAUCUUUCAAAGUUUCUGAUUGAAUUUGAUGGAGUAAGUGAGAUUACGUUAAAGCUUCCUCCAGAUAAUAAGUUGCCUGAUUGGUUUAUAAGAGGACGGAACUAUUGGGAAGCAAGUCUCCGUAAAUUGAACGGUAUUUAG